GCCGCCAAAACAUUAAAUAAUUCAACAGUGGAGAUUUUUAGAAACUACAUCUUUAAAUAUGUUCAAAAGCAAUCAGGUUUUUCUAGCCAGCUAUUUCAAUUUAUUUCGUUCCUGUCACUGUGUAACUAAUAUUAACAAUAUCGGUGGAAAGACCAAUUUGAUGCAAACUUCUAAGAUGUUCUCGACCGCAGCUGAUUUUUUAAAAAUAGGUUUGUUAUCGUUAUCAGCACCAAGAUGUUCUUCUCUUUGUUUCCACGGACUAAAAGAACGUAAUGGCAAGGGCUGCUGGAAAAGAUCGAGUUCAAACUCUUCGUACAUCACACCCAGCGGGGUUAGUUUUCAUUUUGAUACUCACAGGCUGGUCAGAAGACUCCAGGAGAAUGGAUUUACAGAAGCACAAGCUGAGAGCUUGACAACAUCUUUGGUAGAUAUAAUCACAUCAAGUGUUCUUAGUGUAACAAAUAGCACUGUGUCAAAAAUUGAUCAGGAAAGGCUUGAAGUGAAAUUUAAAGGCCUAGUUGAUUCAGUCAGAAAUGAAAUGUUCCUUCUCGAACAAGGAAAAUUUGCUCGUAUUCAAGAGGAAAACCAGAAACUAAGAGACGAAGUUAAAUCCCUCAAAGGAAUUUUACAGGACGAGGUGGCAAAACUCCGAGGCGGAAUGGCACUAGAUUUCAGCCUGGAAAAGAGUCGUAUCAAAGAAGAGCUUGCACAACGAGACCAGAAAAUUAAGGACACAGAAAACAGAAUAGAAACUGAGGUAGCCAAACUGGGGACACAACUUGAAUCUCAGAAGCUGGAUUUAAUCAAGUACAUUGUCGGAAGUUUACUGUCUUGUGUGACGCUUUUCCUAGCUGUCUGGCGAUUUGUGAAGACGUAAAAGAAUUAUCCAAAAAAAAUCAUUCUACGAUAGCUUUUUAUUUUGGGCUUAAAUUUCGCGUAGUUCGCGGGCGAGUUACCGCAACCGUGGACGUUUUCGUCGAAAGAUUCAGAUUAAAGGAGCUAUCUUUGACUUCCAGGAUUGAUCAUUAUGCCAGCUCUCCUUACAAUUUUUAAAACACUGUCAAGUACACACUUCAUGAGAAUCAAGAAAUUCAUCAAUCGGGUGACACUUUGGUGAUCGAACCUCAAAUUCUUCAGACGAGUUAACAGAAAAAUAUAUCAUUUUCAGCUGAAAGAAUGGGUCUGUAAAUCCAAGGAGGAAAAAGGUUAAAAUAAUGUAUAUACCUCUGCGCGGAAUACUAUAACAGCUAUUCCACUCCUCCUAGAGAUUAUAGACUAUUAUCUCUUCACUCUUCUAACAAUUACCGAAAUUUAUGAAAAUUCCGAGUUCUAGAGAUAUUUGUGUCGUCUAACUUUCACCAUGUAUCAUGAUGAAACUGCAGAAGUGGCGUUUUUUGCCGAAUAAACCCUAUUCCAUUUUUUAGGGGGAAAAAACUAUCUAUUGCAGCCUUUGAUACAAAACAUCUUGCCAAUCCAAAAACUGCCCUUUUCGGUCCUUUUAUAACAAUGAUCCUCGAUAAUACUGCGAGAUUAGGGUCCCUAUUCUGUCUAUACUGGCAGUCUAUUUAUAAAGGAUAUUACAGACAACCGUGCUUGUUAAGAUUUACUUUGAUAUCAGAAGGUAUAAGGUAUAAGAAAUUAAAGAUUUUUAUUUGCCUCCAA